AACAGUCCCUUCAGGUUCAAAGGUUCAGUCACACUCGGAACUGGGAAAACUUCCAUGGGUGGCAGUUAAAAAACAUUUGCGUAUUUGAAUUUGUGUUGUUUUGUGAAGUUUUGGAGAACUGAGAUGGGAAAGAAGCAGGCAGGUACAGGGCCUCUGUCGAGGCGUCCGGAUAACUCAGCGUUUAAACAGCAGAGAUUACCUGCCUGGUCUCCAUCUCUCACCGCACAGACCGUGCUGCCAACCUUCUACAUCCUCUCUCUUGUGUGUUUGUUCCUGGGCAUAUGGCUCUUCAUCACUGUUGAGAACACAUACGAACUGAAGGUCGACUACACCAAUGCUGGAACAUGUGAACGGUGCUUUGAUUUGAGGAAGCAUGUCAUCGCCUCCAAAACACCCUGUACAUGCACAGUCAGCUUCCAGGUUCCAAAAACAUUUCAGGGCGAUGUAUUCUUUUACUACGGUCUGAGGAACUUUCAUCAGAACCUGCGGAGGUACAUGGACUCCCGCGAUGAUGCACAGAUGGUGGGGAGGAAGAACAACCUGAAGGCACCGAGUUCGUACUGCGCUCCGUUCGAUUACGAUGCAAACAGAGUGCCCAUUGCCCCCUGUGGUGCUGUGGCCAACAGCAUGUUCAAUGACUCAUUAACAGUGAUGUAUAAUCCAGCGGAUGGGGCAGAAAUACAAGUUCCACUCUACAGGAAAGGCAUUGCAUGGUACACGGACAAAAACGUCAAGUUCCGUAACCCUCCGACUAACAACACGUUCACACUCCAACAAGCCUUUGAAGGCACGACUAGGCCCUUAUAUUGGCAGCGUCCGGUUUAUGAGCUGGAUGACACAGACUCCAACAACAAUGGCUUCAUAAAUGACGACCUGAUUGUUUGGAUGAGAGAAGCGGCCUUCCCUAAUUUCAAAAAGCUUUAUGGGGUUCUCAAUCGUGCUCAAGUGCCUUUCACUGAAGGCCUGCCACCUGGAAACUACACCCUCUCUAUAAAUUACAAUUUUCCUGUCGAGCCCUUUAGAGGUCGGAAGGAGCUGGUGAUCUCCAUGGUGACCUGGUUUGGUGGGCAGAAUUACUUCCUGCCCAUAGCGUACCUGGUGACCAGUGCACUGAUUUUGGUGGCAGCUGUUGUACUCACGAUGGUGUAUGUGAAAGUGGGCAAAUACGGCAAGAACAUGGAGGACUAAACCAAAAGAAGAUGGAAAUGUCCAACAGGAAAGAAUUACAUAAAAUUGCACUUCAGAGUCAUUAUUAGGCACAUUGAAAGCUAUUGGAAUUAAUUUUAAAGUUUACAUAUCAGCCUCUAUAACUUUGAGAAAAAUGUGUUGACCAAAGCCUAUUUGAUACGGUUCUCUAAUUAUAUUUAUAGUCUGAUAUAAAGUGGGAAUUCUGAGUUCACACUAAAAUAUGAGUAAAAAUAAAAUAGUGUGAUUUGUGUUUAUUAUAUAAUAUAAUUUGGAUGGGAAACAAACAAACCUUUAUGAAAGCAGAGAGUUGCAAAAAAUUGCAUUUUACACAUGGAA